CGGCUAAGAAGAAGUGGAAGUAGGAGUACGCUGACCAGCCAGAAAUCGCUGACUACUCCCAACUUUCUCUCUCCUCCAUUUUCCGGCAAACCUCCCCCUCGUUGCUGCUGCUUCUUCUUCUUCUUCCUCUCUUUCUCUCUCCUCUUGCGAAGACCCAAGUCAACCUUCAGCUCCACUUUCUAUCUCCUCUGUUCCCACUGCCGUGAUUGACGCCGAUCUUAUUUUCAGCCGGUGGUGGAUAGCUCGCUGUCACCGUGAUUUUAUUCUGGCUUACUGAUUCUUCUUCUUCUGUGGUUCAUGCUUGUGAUUGGAAGUGAAUCGAAGAAUUUGAGAGGGUUUUGGUGGAUUUUAUUAGUUGGGUUAUGUGUUUUCCUCAUUUGAGAUAAUCCGAAAGGCAAAAUGGAGCAAGGGGUUUCCUCCAUUUGGGCUUUUCUGUAUUUGAUUUUGGUCUUCAGUUGCUUUCAGUGUGUUACUCCGAAUGCCGAAGGUGAUGCGUUAAAUGCACUCAAGUCCAGUUUGGCUGAUCCUAAUGGUGUUUUGCAAAGCUGGGAUCCCACCCUUGUGAAUCCUUGCACAUGGUUCCAUGUGACAUGCAACAGUGAUAACAGUGUCACUAGAGUUGAUCUUGGAAAUGCUAAUUUAACUGGUCAACUUGUUACACAACUUGGUCAGCUCCCAAAUCUUCAGUACUUGGAGCUCUACAGCAAUAACAUCAGUGGGACAGUACCAUAUGAACUUGGAAAUUUGACGAACUUAGUGAGCUUGGAUCUCUACCUGAACAAUCUUUCUGGGCCCAUUCCUGAUACUUUGGGCAAGCUCCAAAAAUUACGAUUCUUGCGGCUGAAUAACAACACCUUGUCAGGAGAAAUACCUAGAUCAUUGACUGGUAUCAAUACCCUGCAAGUCCUUGAUUUAUCAUUCAACCAUCUAUCAGGAACUGUUCCUACCAAUGGAUCCUUUUCGAUGUUUACCCCCAUAAGUUUUAAUGGUAAUUUAAAAAAUUUGACGAUGCCACAAAUAACUCCAGUUGGUCCAGUUCCAUCACCGCCUCGUUCACCAUCAGUGGGUAAUAGUGCCACUGGAGCCAUUGCUGGAGGAGUUGCUGCUGGUGCCGCUCUACUUUUUGCAGCUCCCGCAAUUGCUCUUGCUUGGUGGCGACGGAGGAAACCACAGGAUCAUUUCUUUGAUGUGCCAGCUGAAGAAGAUCCAGAAGUUCACCUGGGACAACUUAAAAGGUUCUCCCUACGAGAACUGCAAGUUGCAAGUGAUAAUUUUAGCCACAAAAAUAUUCUUGGUCGGGGUGGAUUUGGAAAAGUUUACAAGGGCCGUUUGGCUGAUGGAUCUCUUGUGGCAGUCAAGAGACUUAAAGAGGAGCGCACCCAAGGUGGAGAACUCCAGUUCCAAACUGAAGUUGAAAUGAUUAGCAUGGCUGUCCAUCGGAAUCUGCUUCGUUUGCGUGGUUUUUGCAUGACACCAACUGAAAGAUUACUUGUUUAUCCAUAUAUGGCUAAUGGUAGUGUUGCAUCCUGUUUGAGAGAACGCGCGGAGACACACCCACCACUUGAUUGGGAAAUAAGAAAGCGAAUUGCAUUGGGAUCUGCUAGAGGGCUUGCUUAUUUGCAUGAUCAUUGUGACCCUAAAAUUAUUCAUCGUGAUGUAAAAGCUGCUAACAUAUUAUUGGAUGAGGAGUAUGAAGCAGUUGUUGGGGACUUUGGGCUAGCAAAACUUAUGGACUACAAAGAUACACAUGUUACUACAGCUGUACGUGGUACUAUCGGACAUAUAGCACCAGAAUAUCUGUCAACUGGAAAAUCGUCAGAAAAAACUGAUGUUUUUGGGUAUGGGGUUAUGCUUCUAGAGCUCAUCACUGGACAAAGAGCUUUUGACCUUGCCCGGUUAGCCAAUGAUGACGAUGUUAUGUUACUUGAUUGGGUGAAAGGGCUUUUAAAAGAGAAGAAAUUAGAGACUUUAGUUGAUGGUGAUUUGAAGGGUAAUUAUAUUGAUGCUGAAGUUGAGCAGCUUAUUCAAGUUGCUUUGCUUUGCACGCAAGGCUCUCCAAUGGAACGACCUAAGAUGUCGGAGGUAGUCAGAAUGCUUGAAGGUGAUGGCUUAGCGGAGAGAUGGGAGGAGUGGCAAAAGGAUGAGAUGUUCCGCCAGGAAGUUAACCUCCCCCAUCACCCUAAUGCCGAAUGGAUUGUUGACUCUACUUCCAAUAUCCGACCUGAUGAAUUGUCAGGUCCUAGAUGAUAUAUUUUUAUUGUUCAAUAUUUGGAAUAUAUAUGUAUUUCCGAGUUUCGUAAAGCUCUUAAUGUAUUGAAAAAAAAAAUCAACAGUCCCCUCAUUUGUGAAUAUUUUCCCUUAUUUUUUUCCCUCCACCCUUUUUCAAAAUUUUCAUUUUCUAGUGUAUUCACAACAACGGAUAUAAAUACUUUGAUGUCCAUAUGGUUAUGGUUCGCCGGAUCGUAACAAGUUCGGAUCAUUUCCUAUUGCAAAUGUUUGUGGAUUUUAGGGACUACAGGUAGCACAAUGUGAUGAAAUUGUAUGCUCGUUUUUAUGUAGCAAUUUAGUGUUUGUUUUUUUCUGUAUUAAUAAAAAAAGAUUUGAUUCCUUCUUCA